GCCAUGGAGGAUCCUGCAGCGACGGAGGGAUGGCGGGAAGAUGGCGGCAAGGCGCAGUGGAAGUCGCUGCUCAAACACUCCUGCCUGCUGUGCUGGAGCACGUCCAAGGAGGCGGCGGACGUGGCGGAGCGCGACGAGCGCGUCGUCAGCAAGGCGGCGGAGAUCACAGUAAGAAGACCCAGGCACCUUGCGCUGGAGCUGGAGAACGCCGUCGCCGUGGAGAACUUGGAGCUUCAGGAGCAGCAGUCGGACCGCCGGGAGUUGGAGGAAACUUUGCUGGAGUUGGAGAAGCACAAAGAAAAACUCAGCCAGCAAAUCAAAUCCAUCCGACAGCUUUGCUAUGAGGAGAGUCAGCAGAUCUUGUCCCUGCAGGCGGAGGAGGUGAGCCGGGAGAGUCAGGUGGAGGAGUACCAGCGAGAACUGGCCAUAGCGAGGUGGCGUCUGCGGAAACUGAAGGAGCAGGUGAAAGGAGCCAAGAGGAGGACUGAGGAGGCCGGGGACAGGACCAGUCCUCUGCAGGACUCCAUCAGACAGUCCUACCAGGAAAUCCUGCAGGAGGAGAACACUCUGUGUUCUCUGUCAGGCGGCGCCGUCACCCCCGAGAGCCAAUUAGACGGCUCCACCUCGCCCGCCGACACCACUGAGGACGAACCACUUCCUAUGAGACCGUGGGGGCGGAGCCAAUCGCUGCCUGCGUACGCCGACCUCAUAAUGGUGGCCAACGGCGCCCCCUUCUGCAACAACCUGGCUGACACCAGGGAAGAAGUGGACAACAGUGGCAGCAGCUCCCCUAAGAUGGAUGAGUCCAACCCAGAGGACGUGAACGCGGAACAGAAAGAACCUGUUGUCAACAAACUGGACUUCUACCAAGCCGACCCGUUUGGUCACUGCCAGAUAGAACACGACAUGUUCAACGAAGACCUGUUCCCAAAAACCGACUCGUCGGAUGGAUUUACGUCGGAUCCUUUCAAAGGGAGCGAUCCCUUUGCGGCGGAUAUUUUGUUCCCGGAGGCGGACGGCGCCGGCGACGAGGCCGACGCUAGUCUGUCCUGCGCCGAGAACAAAGCUUCCACCGGGACGCAGUGCUUCGAGUCGGAGUUCCCCGACGAAGACAGCGACAUCGAGAUCAGCUACAGUCAAGACGACCCGGGCGAGGUCCCGGAGGAGGCGGACCGGGCCCUGGGAUUCAAGCCCAUCCAGAGUUCCUCGGAGGAGCUGGGCCCCGAGCCGGUCCGAGGCUGGCACCAGCAGGGUCAGUUCUCCGUGGAGUCCGACCCCAACGGCUACGAACUGGACCUCAACAUCUCCCCGCCCUCUGACGUGGAGGAGCACAGUCCCGGGUCUCUGGAUGGAGAACCCGCUAAGGAGACCUCGGUCGACCCGGGUGAAGCAGCGGACGUCGACACCCAGCUGAGGGACCAGGCCACCUUAGACCUGGACCAAAACCACUCCCUUAAUGGCAAUCCCGUAGAAGCCACGGAUCGGACGGACAGCAUCGAAGACCCGCCAACGCCCCAAAACUCCAGUGACCUCCACUCUGGACCUGAGUCCCAGCAGACCAACCUGGUCUUUGAAAUGGACUAUGGACUAACAAGUCAGUCUUCCUUUGAUCCGUACGGAUUCAAACUCAGUCCGGAGCAUUCCAGUCACACCCUCGUAGACCCCAACGGAGCGGAGCUAAGCCCAGUAGCCAGCGACCAAGACCUGUCUUUUGAUCCUGAGACUUACUCUCCUCAAGAAGACCCACUCAACUUGUAUUCCUACGAGACGGUCCAGGACUCCGACCCCUACGGCUUUAAGCUAAGCCCAGAGGAGGAGAAUCAAGAGGUGCCGGGACAAGACCUCAGAAGAUUUGAGGACAAGGAAGAAGAACAAGAAACCUUUAACCAUAGCAACCAAGAGGUACUGGACUGUGCACCCCUCGAGAACCGAGAAGUUCUUGGUCACUGUAGCAACAAUAACCAAGAACUGCUUCAGAUUGUUGAGUUUGUAAGCAAAGAAAAUGAGGAGUUCCUGAACCUCUGUAGUCCUGAAAACCAAGAAGUGGUUGAACACUUCCGGAGUGGCAAAGAACUGGAGCCACGUGGAAACGACAACCAAGAACCGCUGGGAUCCUGUAGCCACGGUCAGGUGGAGCUUCUCGACCCAGAGAACCAGGAAGUUUUGGAUUUCGAUAGCUGUGUCAAUCAGGAAGUCUUAGGUAGCCAUGAAAACCGGGGAACUUUGAGUCCUGGGAACUGCGAAAACAAGGAAAUGCUCGAUUUUGACAGCCAUGAUAACCAGGAGUUGCUGGACUUGGUAAAAGAUGAGGUUCUGGCUGAGACCAACAACAAUCAGCGUGUCCUGGAACCAGAGCCUGAAGUCAGUCCCACCAAUACCGGCUCAGACAGCGACGUAGCACCUGAAGACCCGCAAGGACUGCAACUCAGUGUUGUCCACAGCAACAUGUCCACCAACCAGGCUGGCAGCUUGCUGGAAGGCGACCUCGGUUUCGUAUUCCGGUCCGGGGGAUACAUCGGCUGCCCUGACGUAGCCGAUGAUCUAGAGCCUCUGAACCGCAGACAGGUCAGCACUGAGCUGGUUCGGCCGGUCGGACCGGUCAGACCUCCUCGGCCUUCACUCCGGGCCAAGGACAAGUGUGGGUCUCCAACUCAGGGAAUCGACCUAAAAUGAUCAACUGUGGGAAUCUUUUCAAAUUAAUGGCACCGAGAAAGAAGACGAGUGAUAUCAAAAACUGAAUGGAUGUUUAUGGCAAUAACUGUCGUCUUACUGGAACAGUUUCUGAAGUCCGGCUGAUUCUGACCCUCCACAGUAGAUACUUUGCUUUCUCAUGUCCUAAAAAGGACUCUUGGGUCGGAAUCGGCUUUUAUUUUGACAGUCCAACCG